AUGGCGAACCUGACGUUAACCUACGUUCUCUGGCUGUUCGGUGGCAUAUUUGGGCUGCACCAUCUGUACCUUAAUCGGCCACGGCACUGCUUCAUCUGGUGCGUCACGUGGGGUGGGAUGUUCAUGGGAUGGCUCGCGGAAGUGACGCAACUGAGGCACUACGUAGACGAGGCCAAUCAGAGCCGGAAGUACCGCGAGCACAUGAAGGUUAUGCGCACGCAUAAGCCACGCCCCAGCUGGAGUGUGAUAGUCCUCGGAAGUCAGCUUAUGAUUGGGCACCAGCUGGGUAAACUGUUGAUUUGCGCGAUCCCUGAAUACUACACGGUAGAGACCUGGUAUGCCGCCUACCUGUCGCACCUGCUAGCGGCCCUGGGAGCGGCUAUAGGUGUGCACACGGCGGCCAACAUCGGACCGCAGAAGGCGCCAUUUCUUCCCACCUUCCUCGCUGCUGCCGCAACUGUUCCAACCUCGUACUUCCUGUACCAUCAACGCAACAUUUUCACGCUUCUAUGCGUCGUGGUCGCCUCCCUGGCGAGUUCGUAUUUUUCCGUAUGGGCUCCGGAAAAGCCGCCGAGCAAUUUAAUUGGUCGCCUGAAGGCAGGCGCGUGCGUGGGCCUCGCUUUGACGGCCUAUAGCGGAUUGCACGGCUCGAGCAUGUAUUUCAACACACGUGUACAAUCGCUCAAUGGAACGACUAUCCCGUUGCCCGAGAUGGUGGCAAACUUCCUACGGUUACAACCCUAUGAUGAGGCCCGCGAACUCAUGCCAGGCAUAAUACAGUGCGUGCGCAUGUACGGUAGUCUGGACGUUUGCCAACAUCAGUUCCUGUCCCAGCUCGCCGAGAUCUCCGACCCGAACCGCGACUCAUGGGCGUUCACUGUCCUCGGUUUCGACAGAUACCCCACCCAGAAGCAAAUCAAUUCCCACUGUCGCAAACUAUCCAGCAAAUGGCAUCCCGACCGAUUUACCAAUAAAAACGUCACAGAACAAGUCGAGGCGGAGCUGAAGUUUAUGGACAUCCAAAAGGCUUGUGGAAUGAUGAACAAGAUCAAAAAAGAGCGAGAACGCAAGAGCACGUGGUCAGAAUCCGCAGCAGAUCAGAGGGAAACGGUUUACACAGAUACUGAUGACGUAGAGGAAACGGUUAACACAAAUACUGAUGACGUAGACACAUUUUCUGAAGACAUGCAUGACAAAGUGCAAAACAAAGAUGCGCAUUAUGAUAAUGACUACGAUGAUGAAAAUGACGGUGAUUAUGAAGAAGAUGGUAAUGAAGCGGAUGAAUCUAAUAAAGAAGACACUUCCGACGGUGAAACUACUUCAGAACAUGAAACUCAUUGUCAAAAGAAUGGAGACGACCCAUGGUAGUCGUCAACACUUUAGGAUGUAUGCUGGAAUAAAUUAAGCGUUUGCAAUAUUUGAUUUUAGGUAGGUUUAAUAUGGGAGAAGAAUUCAUUAAAGCAAAUUACUAAAGCUGUUAAACAUUUAAAACUGUUAUAGAAAGGUGCUAGAUUUAAGUUUCAUUAAAAUUGACAUUAUCAUUAUCAUUAUCUUAGCUCGUGUCGGUUGUAAAAAAGCUGAAUAAAUAAUGAUAUAUAUUGAAGGAAAUACACCUUUUGGUGAUUUUGACAUGUAAGCUUUAAUUGGAAUUGAAAAUAAUUAUUUUUGAGUUACUUAAUUCAUGUUUUCGUGUGACAAUUGGUCUUAAGCGCAUAUAUUGUUACAAACUCAAAAUGAUCAUAUGGCGGUGCGCAACACAAGAAUCUUAAAACUGUGUAUCUGAUUCCUUAGAUCAUGUUUGAGGUUUAAAAUGUGAACACAUGAGAAAGAUUUUCUUGUUCAACAUGUUAUUUAUAUUUCAAAACAAUUAAGAUGUCAAUGUCAAUUAAUAACUGUUUAUUUUAUAAUAAAAUGCUACAAAACAA